AUGCCAAAACAAUACAUCUCCACCAAUAAUGCAGGUGCUGCUCAUAAAUCAGAUAUCUAUUCAGUCGCCAUCUCCAAACCGUAUACAAUAACAGCUUCAGGUGAUGGAUACUUGAAAUUUUGGUCAAAUAAUGUUACAGAGACAGAUGUUGUUAAAGAGAAUGUCAAGGAGCAAUUCGUACACAAGACAGGUCUACACCAUGUUGCCGUUUUUGAAGAUAUAGUUGAAACAACAAAAAUUGCAAUAGUUGCAACUGUUUCAUUCAGUGGUGAAAUAUUUUUCUUCGUGGUUAACAGCUUAGAUGGGUCAAUUGAACCACUAGAAGUUGAUUUAGGUACAAAGAGUAAAGAUGCUUAUUGGGCCAUUCAAUGGUCAAAAGAUGAAGAAGGUCAAAAUCAUAAAUUUGCAGCAACCCAAGCUACUGGUGCAACCAAGAUAUGGACUUUCACUAUCGAAUCAAUCAACAAAAUCACAUUUUCAUUACAUGGAACAAUCGCUGCACAAACUAAAACGUUUGCUACUGCUUUAGAUCUUUCAUCUUCUAAUAAUUUAUUAGCAACAGGGUUUCAAAAUGGGGAUGUUGUGUUAACACAAACUGAAACUUCGAAACCUGUAUAUACUUUCCAUAACUUUGGUCUAAAAGGUUCUGCACAAAGCUCUUCAACUAUUCGUUCUGUCAAGUUUUCACCAUUAGGUACAUUGUUAGCAAUUGCUAGUGAUUCGGGUUCAUAUGGUACAAUUACCUUAUAUGAUACUGUCUAUGGUGAGAACGUUGGUUCAUUCACUAUACCUUCUCAUUCAUCACAAGUACCAAUUGGUGCGUUCGCUCAUGAUGGUUGGGUUUUUGAAAUUGAUUUCAAUGAAACUGGUGAAUUUUUGGCAAGUGCAGGUUAUGAUGGUAGAAUUAGAGUAUGGAAUAUCACAACUCGUGAAAGAGAAGCAACUUUGGCAUUAAGUCCUACUGACUUUGACGACGAAGAUAUUGCAGCUGAGGACGAGAAUGCUAGUUCAAGUGCUAUUGGUGUGAAGUUUAUUAAAAAGGGUACAAGAGGUGGUGCUGGUGGUGAUAAUAACGACGGAUUAGUAGUGAUAUCAUUAGAUAGAGGAAUACGUUGGUUUAGAGAGGCUGGUGGUAUUUAA